CUCCGCCCGCCACUUCCCUUCCCAAGGCCCAGCAGGCCCAGCGCAGCCGGGCGGGGUGGGUUCUUGCUAGAGAGGGAAGCGGCGCGGGCUUCGUUCUUUGGCCGGGCCGGAGCAGGGCAACUAUGCAGGCGAGCUCCAAGCAGGCGGCGCAGGAGCUGCUCAAGUUUAUCAGCCGGAGCCCCUCCCCUUAUCACGUGGUGGCCGAAUGUCGGAGCCGCCUGCUUAAGGCUGGUUUCCAGGAGCUGAAGGAAACUGAACACUGGGAUAUCCAGCCUGACCGAAAGUAUUUUGUGACCAGAAACCUCUCGACAUUGAUCGCCUUUGCUGUUGGGGGACAGUACCAGCCAGGCAAUGGCUUCAGCUUGAUUGGAGCCCACACAGACAGUCCAUGUCUGCGGGUGAAACGCUGCUCAAAACGUAGCCAGGAGGGUACAGUCCAGGUGGCUGUGGAGACAUAUGGAGGGGGCAUCUGGAGCACCUGGUUCGACCGUGACCUCUCUGUUGCAGGAAGAGUCAUCGUCAAGGACCUGUCCACAGGGCGCCUGGAGCAGCAGCUGGUGUGGGUGGAGCAGCCCAUCCUCCGCAUCCCACACCUGGCCAUCCACCUCCAGCGCAAUGUGAACGAGAGCUUCGGGCCAAACACAGAGCAGCACCUGGUCCCAAUUCUGGCCACAGAAGUCCAGGAGGCCCUGGAAAAGAAGACGUCCAAGACAGACACAGCUUGUACCUCAUCUCUCCAGAGUCGUCACUCUCCAGCCCUGCUGGCCCUUCUCUGCUCCCAGCUGAAGGUGAAACCGGAGCAGGUGGUGGAGAUGGAGUUGUGCCUGGUGGAUACACAGCCUCCUACACUAGGUGGCGCCUUCAGUGAGUUCAUUUUCUCCCCUCGCCUGGACAAUCUCCACAGCAGCUACUGUGCCCUGCAGGCGCUGAUUGAAUCCAGCAAAGAGCCUGGAGCUCUUGCCAAAGAACCAAAUGUGCGCCUGGUUGCACUUUAUGACAAUGAAGAGGUUGGUUCCCAGAGUGCACAGGGGGCUGGUUCGCUCCUCACGGAACUUGUCCUUCGGCGCAUCUCUGCUUCGCCCCAGAACUUGACAGCCUUUGAGGAAGCCAUGCCAAAGUCCUGCAUGAUCAGUGCUGACAUGGCCCAUGCCGUGCACCCCAAUUAUGCCGACAAGCACGAUAAGAACCACCGUCCAGAGUUCCACAAGGGCCCUACAAUAAAAGUGAACAGCAACCAGCGCUAUGCCUCUACUGCUGUCACCGAGGCCCUGAUCCGAGAAAUUGCCAGCCGUGUGGACGUCCCCCUGCAAGAAUUCAUGGUUCGGAAUGACUCUCCCUGCGGCAGCACCAUUGGGCCCAUCUUGGCCUCCCGCCUUGGCUUGCGCGUCCUGGACAUGGGCUCCCCGCAGCUGGCCAUGCACUCCAUCCGCGAGAUGUGCUGCACUUCCAGCGUCCUGCAGUCCAUCACUCUCUUCAAGGCCUUCUUUGAGCUGUUCCCAGUGCUGGAUCAGGGACUGCUGAGCAACUGAAGAGCAUCUCAAGCACAGGAAGCGGCUAACGCCCCCUCUCCCUGGCCAGAUAGCAAUUAAGGCACAUGUUGUACAGCGGCUCAUGGAACGACUGCUUCUGGAGAGUUGCAUCUUCCCCCCCCCCCUCUGCAAUCAUUUUCCAAAAGAGGCUGGGCAUUUGAGGCUUGCGUACAGCCAGGAGGGCCUGAUCCAGGGAGCCUGUGCCAUAGAACAGCUCAUCCUCGCUCCUUCAUAGCUGAAAGAAAACUUUAUUCAAGAUAAUGACAUGUUAAAGGGCUAUCUACAGUCAUCUUGGUGCUUUAAGUGGGCACUGAAAUUAUGGGUGAAAUUCCAGCAUUGAAUAAAUGCCAAGUGAUGCAUACUUUUAAUUGGA